GCGAGGCGGUGCAUUACUUCCUGUUCACCUGUGGGGGGGGAGACUGUCGCCAUGGCGGCGGAAGAGCUCCAGAAAAUAGAAGUUAUGGAAAAGUUGUCAAACCAAGCCCUGCAGGAGUACGAGGGCCUGCAGAAGAGGCAUGACACAGCAGCCAUGGAGUGCAGGAGGCUGGAGGAGGAGAGGGACGAGGCCAUCAAGAAGCUCAGUGAGUUCCAGCAAGUUUCUCAGAUGGUAAUUGAAGAGGUUAAUGCCAUUCAGGAGGACCUGGCGAUCGAGAGGACAUGUAGAGAGAGUGCUGAAGCCCUGGCCUCCAAGUUGAACCGUCAGAACCGCUCUCUGAAGAGGAAGAGCAUGAUGCUGCUGCCCCUCCUCGGCCCAGACGCCAUCGCUGAGAUCAGCCUGGACGAUGACGAGGAGAACGAGAGUGAAGAGCUAAAUGCAGCUAGCAUGGUCUGCCUCUCUGCCCAGUGCCAGGCCACCAUCUCAGAGCUACAACACCAGCUGGAGAACCGGCCAGCUGUCGCUGAUCUAGAAGCAGUCAGAGAACAGCUGAGGGAAACCAGGGAGGAACUGCUGAAAGAGAAACACGAUAACACUGUUUUAAUUGCUGAGACGGUGCGGCAAAAGAAGCUCCUGGGGAAAUAUAACAGAGUGUCUCAGUUUGCUGUGGAGGAAUAUGAGGCCUUACAUGACACCUUGAACCUGGAGAGGGACCUGAGGACAGAGGCAGAGAGCUUUGCCAGAGCGAUGAUGGUCGAGCAAAAAAAGCUGAAGAGACAGAGUCAGAUCCUGAUGCAAAGCGCCUCGCCUGGUCAAGCUCUACAAGAAGCCCUCAGUCAGGUCACCAGACUGACCCAGGAACUGGAGACACAGAGGCUGAAGCACCAGAGCCAGAUGAAGCAGAUGGAGGACAGGCUGCGGAGCUGUGAGGCUCAGAGGGAGCUGACAGCGCUGAGACGUAAACUGGAGCUCGUGGAGGACGAGAAGAGAGAGUACAGCAACAAAUGCUCCAAGGCUGAAGUGGAGGUCAAGGAUCUGCGGAGUACAGUCGAGGAGCUCCAGAAGAAGCUGCAGGCAGCUACCAACCCACCCCCAGCUCCAGCACCUCCCCCUCCCCCACCCCCUCCACCCCCUCCAGCCCCGGCUCCAGCCUCUAACCCACUCAGCGCGCUGUUGUCACUGAUUCGAAAGAGAGCAGACAUCAGUACUGACAUCCCACUAGUGGUCCAGGACUCAGCCAAGACCCCAGGAGUGGACAUCAGGCAGCAGGCAGUGGAGGAAAUGAUGCACAGGAUUAAGAAAGGCGUUCAGCUCCGACCUGUCAGCCAGUCACCCAACCGAGCCAGGAGACAGAUGGAGAGGCCGCCCUCCAAUUCUGCCAUUCAGGAACUCAAAGGAAUCAUGGAGAACUUCGGCAGAGCCUCCCCCCCACCGAAGGCAGUGUCUUCGUCCCCAAACGGCGACGAGCAGCUGCAGAGGAUCCUGCUGAGACGCCGCGAUGCACUGGAGUCCCAGCACCCCCCCAGUCUCCCUCCCGUCCUCUCCCCCGCUGUGUGAAGGGCCCCGGGCUGACCUCAGCAUCCACCCAUAUAGACUGGACGUGGGAGACGCAAGAUCACAUGACACAAGAUCACCGUCUAGCAUUUCAUUUGACUAAAUGAUAAAUAAUCAAACUGAGGAGUCACACGCCUUACUCAGCCACACGCCACACUCAACCACACGCCUUACUCAGUCACACGCCUUACUCAGUCACACGCCUUACUCAGCCACACGCCUUACUCAGUCACACGCCUUACUCAGCCACACGCCUUACUCAGCCACACGCCUUACUCAGCCACACGCCUUACUCAGCCACACGCCUUACUCAGCCACACGCCUUACUCAGCCACACGCCUUACUCAGCCACACGCCUUACUCAGCCACACGCCUUACUCAGUCACACGCCUUACUCAGCCACACGCCUUACUCAGCCACACGCCACACUCAGCCACACGCCACACUCAGCCACACGCCUUACUCAGCCCCUCGGCUCGGUUAAAUAGACCUGGCGCAUAUCUUUAGUGGAGUUUGACAUUCGAGCAGGAGGGGGGGGGGGGGGGGGGGGGGGGGGGGCAAAAAAAAGAACCUCAUUGUACCCUGUCCGACCUCUGGGGGAACACAGCACGAGCACAUAUGAACAAAACACACAUGCUAAAUAAACUGACAGUAUGGGUUCAUUUUUAAAGCAGAUUUUAAAUGACAUUGUAACAUUUUAUGUAAGAAUUUGUCCUGAUGAAAUCCAAUCGCGGUCUGGGAUCAACAGACAGACGGUGGCGGGAUGCCCCGACACUUAAAUUCAUUUAAAAUGUAACAGUGACCAAUCAGUGUUGAGAUGCCUCUCCAAACGCAGAAACAAAACGCAAUCACACGUUAAGAAAAAUAUCCGUAUUUUGCCGUAGUCCAAAGAAACAAAAAAAAGUAACCACGGCGAUCAGUAGAUCCACAAAAAGGCUCCCGGUGUACCUCAACGCCGUCACCUUCACCAGCAGCUCCAAACACCACCUCGCCGUUUAAACAAAGUCCAAAUCUACACAAUCAGUAAGUCAGCUCCCAGCUAAUCUAUACACACGGCAUUUAGGCAACCUUUACUGCAACGUUGGCACGGCAACAUGUCCAGACUAGUGCAACAGUAACUUUAGUUUUUGGCGUCCUGCAUAUGUGUCAACAAUGGUCUCAGGUGACCUCACAUGACCCAGAGCACUG